AUCCAACCUGCUGGUGUGCAGAUAUAAUCAGGGGGCAGAGGUUUGUCUGUCUCCCUCGCUUCACAAACAAAACAUCAGCCAGAUGGUCUUCCACAAAAUCCGAAAAGAGGAUCUUGUCAUCAAUGAGAGUCUGGGCCAAGGAACUUUCACUAAGAUCUUCUGUGGUGUGAGGAAGGAGCUGGGAGACUACGGAGAGAUCCACCAGAUAGAUGUGGUUAUCAAGAUCCUGGACAAGGCUCACUCCAACUACUCAGAGUCAUUCUUUGAAGCAGCCAGUAUGAUGAGCCAGCUCUCCCAUAAGCACUUAUUGCUCAACUACGGUGUGUGCGUUUGUGGUGAUGAGAGUAAGUCUACAACAAACACACUAACACACUACUGGGCAGAGAUAAUUACAAAGGAAGGAGUAAUUGUGGAAAAUUAAGAAGAUGUGUGAUAA